UAAAAUAUUAAAAAUGCCAGCUAAACAAAUAGAGAAACAAAUUGAAGAAGAAAUAACAGGAGAUAAUAACACACCUGUUAAGCCUGACAGUUUGAUAAACUAUGAAGAUGCUAUAGAAUACUGGGCAAAUGUUCCAGCUACAGUUGAUGGAGUGCUUGGAGGAUUUGGAGAAAAAACAUGUGUGCCAAAAGUUGAUAUAAUUGGGUCGAGAAUUUUUUUAAAAAAAGUGGGUAGCCGAAUGGAGACCAGUGAAGUUAAAUAUGGGAUUGAAAUAGGAGCAGGAAUUGGUAGAGUUACCAAAAAUUUGUUAUCAAAAGUUUGUGACUACUGUGAUUUAUUAGAGCCUAUAACAUCAUUUGUAAAGCAAUUGAAGAUAGAAAAUGAAGAGUUGAUUAAAAAUGGGAAAGUUGAUGAGAUCUUUUGUAUUGGAAUGCAGGAUUUUUCCAAGAUUAAAGUCAAAAAUGAGAAAAAAUACUGGAUAAUUUGGUGUCAAUGGUGUCUUGGACAUUUACCCGAUGAUGAGCUAGUUAAAUUUCUCAAGUACUGUAAAACAAGAUUAAUUAUAUCAGAUAAUAGCGGGACCAUAAUAGUAAAAGAGAAUAACAUACAGGGAAUUGAUGAUUCUUUUGAUGAUUUAGACAGUUCAGUUACAAGGUCGGAUAAAAGUUUUAAGAAAAUAUUUAAGAAAGCCGGAUUGAAAUUGAUUGCAGAAGAGAGACAAAGAGGAUUACCAAGAGAGUUGUAUCCUGUUAAAAUGUAUGCAUUGAAACCUAAUUAAAAGAUGGUAAAUAUAUAUAGAUGAGUAAAGUAGUUAAAAUAUGGGAGCCAACUUGGUUAAGAAGAGGAUUAUGAGUAUGAAUAAGAAUAUGGAUGUACAAUUGCGCUUAAUUUUUCAAACCAACGCCAGUAGAACCAAAACCACCUUCGCCUCUCAGAGUUUGAUCCAAUUGAGAGAGAUCAAUUUCC